UCUUUGGACCAAUCAUGCAGAAGCUUACCGGCGUUCUAUGUGUAGCGUGCACGGUUAGAACUGGGGAGGGAGAACAAAGUAAAGGACGGGAGUCGUUCCAUCGGUGCUGGCGGAAGGAGGCCGGUACAGUGUGAAUAACAUCCUAGGACGGGAACGCUUAAAAUCAUGGCGGAGACGGAGAUCGGUUCAGAGGAACCAGUUUCAAGAAAGAAAAAGGAAGUUCUCGCUGAAAGAGUUUUGGGAACUGUGAAAUGGUUUAACGUGAAAAAUGGAUACGGAUUUAUAAACAGAAAUGACACAAAAGAAGACAUCUUUGUUCAUCAGACUGCAAUAACAAAGAACAACCCUCUGAAAGUUGUCAGAAGUGUGGGUGAAGGAGAGACCGUCGAGUUUGAUGUUGUCGUCGGUGAAAAGGGCAACGAGGCGGCUAAUGUGACUGGCCCAGAAGGGGUGCCUGUUAAAGGCAGCCCCUAUGCGGCUGACCGCAGGAGGGGGCGCUUCAGGGGUCGCUGGAUGGCGCAGCGCAGGAGGCCACCCCCAAGGCAGUCCACCGGGGACCAGGAGGAUAGCGAAGGGGCCGAGCUUGCAGGUGACGAUGACAACGGUGGUGCCACUAGGCAGCCCCGGAGGGGACCCCCGCCCCGAAGGCCUUUCUACCGACGCUACUUCCGCAGGCCACGAGGUAUCCCUCGGAACUCAGGAGGGGACCGUGGGAGCCUUCAAGGGGAGGACCUGGAUCGCGGUGAUGACGAGGACGGGGACUACUCAGGCGGCCGAGCCGACGGUGGCUCUCGGAGGCCUCCCCAGCCCCGCAAGUUUUAUGGUCGCUACUUCAGGCGCCGGCCGCGGCGACCACGCAGCGACACUGAAGGCAGUCAAAGUGGCCUCGACGGGGAAGCGAAGGAGAGUGAAGGGGAGGCCCAACCAGGCCCUGAGAGGGAACGUGGUGGACAAACCGGAAGCCAACGUCGAAGACCACCCUUUCGCCCACGACCUCGCCGCCGAGGGCAACGCCCAGGGUCCCAGACGCAGGAUGACGAUGGUGCCGGCUCUCCUGGCAGUGGUGGGCAGUCUCGCGAGGACAAGCCCCCUAGGGAUAAGAGUCGGGAGGAGCGACCAGCUAAAGACAAGUCACCUCGAAGGGAGCCCACUGGAAAUGGCCGGCAAGGCAGCAAGGCAGCCAGUGGCGGAGGAAGUGAGGCCACCAGCAAUGGUGCAGCGGCCCCUUCAGGGAGCCUCGAGUCGUCGUCCUCUUCAGGGGCAGCUGUUGAGGGCACUGUCUCUGCCUGAAGGCUGUAAUGCAGCCUGGACAGCCGCUCUGUUUUUCCCAAGGUGCACGUUCCCCUCCCUAACCACCACCAACCUGCGACGAGGGGAUGCCCCACCGCUCGGAGCGUCGGCAGCACGGAGAUGGGAGAGAAAACACGCCCUUCGACCAGAAAACCUCUUUUCACGUUUGAGUGUGUGUGCGUGUGUGUGCUUAGUUGGCUACCAAAGCUUUAACGAUGUCAUAGCCAGGUGGGGCUGGCAAGAGGAGGCUUUCUACACCCAAGUGUACUUUAAAAGGUGGAGAAGAGGGCUGCUGGUUUUGCUGCUCUUGCUUUCUGUGCUGGAACAAAAGCACUUUCCUUUUGUUUGGCUCUGUUUUUGCAAAGCUGUUAAUGCAUCAGUGUGUAAAAAUUAUUGGACAAACCAGGCCAGGUGCAAGGGACAGGCUAAAUGAAACAAAAAAAAUUGCAAGGCUUUUUUGUGUGUGUAUGUGAAAUGAGUACAUGUUGGACGUGCGUGUUUCUUCCCGUGCAGCAGCCCCCAGGCGGCUGGGUCCCUUUUGCCUUUCCCACCCCUUUUCUGCCUGGGACUUGAUUUUUUUUACCAAUUUCAUCUGUUCUGGCAGUCACCACCACCCCUUUUUGGCAUUUAUUUCUUGUCGUCGCAACGAGUUGUCCUUUGUCACGAUAACAUCUGACGACACGCACAUGUUUUGUGAACAUCCACAUGCAAAAGGAAGCAACAAUGGGAACCAUCUUGCAGAGUGGAAAAAAAAAUAGUAGGAAGUGUGACACUUGAAGCACUCCUUCUUGAAAAUGAUGUAAAAAGAAAAGACCAAAAUGCGGCAUUGCUGCAGUGAAAUACGGCGAAAAGCGCCAAGCGCUAGGCCACAGUUCCAGAGCGUAGGAGAUGGAGGGGGAAAAAAAAAACUUGCCAAACAUAAUUUGCCACCUCACUGGCUAUCUCGUUAACAUUUUGUUCUCACAGGGUGGUAAAAGAGCCUAGGGAACUUCUACACAAACAUUUUUAUGCUGCCUUUUUCUGUUCCCUUAGCACAGUACUGUUGUGCAGUGCAGGCAGAUACCAUCAAUGUUCAGUUCGUGGCAUGUCUGCAUGCAUUUGAUGACAUCUAAUGAUUAGAGCUGUUUGCAUGCAAACCAUUUGUUAACAUCUUUUUGAUGGCAUGCAUCAGUUGUGGCUGGCUGCCCUCUUUUGUACUGUGAUUUUUCAGUUGGUACUUUGGCAGGUGGCACUAACUUUGUACAGGUACAAAAAAAGUUUCUAAAAACAUGUGCAGUUGCAAUAAAAAAAUUUUUCCCUACAA